UCUUGGCAAACAACGCAGACGUACACGGUGCUUCAACAAUGGCGGCCGAUGGAUGCAGUUUUUCGUUGGGUCUACCCUGCGUUUUCUCUCCAAAAUCACGCCAAUACCUAGCUUUAUUUUCCCAGGAUGGCAGACUCCGUAUAUGGAACACAGAUAGUAAAAUACUUCAUCAAGAAUACGUGCCUUCAGCCCACUUGAGUGCCACUUGUACCUGCAUAGCUUGGGGACCAUGCCGAAUGGCCAAGGAGGGACCUCUGAGGAAGAAGAGGAAAUCAGAGGCAGGACAUGUGGAGGAGCAGGUGGACCUGUUGGCUCUGGGCACGGUGGUGGGCAGCAUUAUCAUCUACAGCACAGUGAAGGGGGCACUGCACUGCACACUGGAUGGAGGUCACAGUGGCGGAGUGAACUGUGUGCAGUGGCACCCCGAGGACGGCCUGCUGUACAGCGGCUCAGACGACACACACAUCGUAGAGUGGGACCUGCGGACAGGCAAGACUUGCUGUAAGUGGAAGGCGGACCGUGCGUCAGUGACCAGUCUGUGUGUGAGUCCUGAUGGCAAGCUGCUGCUCUCAGCGGGACAUACCAUCAAGAUGUGGGACCUCAAGACCAAGGAGCUGUACAGGAAGUUCACAGGUCACUCCACAGCCGUGACGACCCUGCGCUUCGCCACCACGCGUCCCCCGGACAGCAAUGGCCUCUACUUCCUGUCUGGGGCGGCUCACGACAGACUCAUCAGCGUGUGGCAAGUCCAGGAGGACGGCAAUGACAAGAACUCGGUGGUGUCCUUCACCCUGACUGACGAGCCCCAGCACAUUGACCUCUUCACCUCCAACAGCAAGGAAGAGGCGGUGAGGCUGGCGGUGGUGUGUAAGGAUGGGCAGCUUCAUCUCUUUGAGCACUUUCUGAACGGGCCCUGUAAGAAGCCGCUGUCCCCCUCCUGUACAGUACAGAUGUCUGGGGUUGAGGACAGCCCCAUGCCCAUUCCCUUGUUGGCCGCGGCCCUCACCACGGACACGCGCAGCCUGCUGCUUGCGUACGGCAACUACCUGCAGCCGGUCAUGGAGAGAGUGGAAGUGAACACAGCAGAGAGACAUGUGUGCCUGACCCGCGAUGUCCACACCACCAUCUCCCUCUCCAUGGAAGCCACUGUUUCCAAGGUGAAAACCCCAGUAGUUAACGCCAAGAGCAAAGUUCUAGUCCCUGGUCUUCCCGGUCACCAAGCGCCGGUCAAAGCAUCCUUGGGAUCCGAGAAGAGGAAAAAGGGCACAAACACCAAAGAGAUGUCAAUAGAGGAGCGACUGGGAGAGAUUGACUUGUCACUUGAGAAGGGGGGCGUCAAGGGAGCCCCCUCUCUGCAGACAGACAACUUUGCGGUGCUGCUGGUGCAGGGUCUGGAGAGCAAGGACGCCAACAUCCUCAAUAAUGUGUUUCAGACCCGGAAGGACAUCUUAAUAAAGAAAACCGUUUCCGGGUUACCUAUCCCUGCUGUCUUGCCAUUGGUGGAAGAGAUCACCAAGAGAAUGCAAGGGCAUCCAUACACGGCUGUGCUGAUGGUGCGAUGGCUCAAGGCUGUUCUCAUGCAGCACACCUCUUACCUAUCCUCGUUGCCAGACCUGGUGUCUCAGCUGGGAGUGCUGUACCACAUGAUCGAAAGCAGAGUCAAAAUGUUCCACAAACUGACCAAGCUGCACGGCAAGCUCUAUCUGCUCAUGACACAGGUGGUGAAAGGUGACAGUGGUAACACAGACGUGGACCACAAGGCCAAGCUUGUCUACGAGGAGGAGUCCUCUGACGAAGACAAGGCUUCAGGUGAUGAAGGUCUUCCAGACGAAGAUUCUGAUAACUGGGAGGAGGAUGGCAUAGAGGAUGAGACUAUGGAAGACGAGGAGGAUAAAGAAGAGCCGGAGGAAGUCAUGAGGAUGGAAUCCAAAGCGAACGGUGAUUGUCAUGAAAACGAGAGCGAGGAGGAGUGACGCGCAAAGGAAACCAAUCUAACAAAAACACACAAAAAUGGACCUGAGAUUUAUAUGUACUUUCAUUUUAUUUUCAUGCUUUGAUUUUUAUUGUCGGAACAAAAAUGGUUUUACAAAAAAAAUAACUCACAAUGGACAGGCAGUGGGUGCGCGUGACCAUGUGAGUGAGGCCACUCAUGUCGGUUCCCGGGACAGCCACUAGGGCGGCAAUGUUAUAUCCCCACAACCAAGCUGAAAGACUCAUAUUUUGAAACUGUUCCAGAGAUUCAAGCCCCACGCUUCUCUCCCCCUCUCCUGCUUUCUCCACUUUUCCUCAGUGGUUCAAGAGUGUGACCCCCCCCCCCACUGUGCUUGUUCCAGAGAAAAGGUGGCCUUGUUGCCUGACAUGGGGUUGAUCCCAAAUGGCACCAUAUUCCUUACAUAGUGCACUACUUGCUCUGGCCUGUAGUGUUCGUCAAAAUUAGUGAACUAUAUACGGUGCCAUUUUGGAUGCAAUCAUGGCUAAUAGAUCAUGUCCCCUCGCAAUGUAAAUCUGUAUGAAAGGUGCAGUGUUUGUAUGCGUCCCCAGCUACCCACCAGAAUCCUUGGGGAUUAAAUUAAAUUCUUCUGUAAAGUC